GUUGUACUCAGCGGUGGGAUGAACUAAGGGUGCGGACGGCCUGCUUCAAAACGUAUCUGCGUACAAUUAUUCUUCCUGUCCGUACUAAGCUUGGUGGCGUCCGUAUGAUAGUCUCCACUGAUUGGUUGACCUGAGAGCUAAAGAGGAAGAGUGUCUUUGUAAGCUGAGUACAAGGAAGAGGAGUGAUUACAAGCUUGGUACAAGGAAGAGGAGUGAUUACAAGCUAAGUACAAGGAAGAGGAGUGAUUACAAGCUAAGUACAAGGAAGAGGAGUGAUUACAAACUGAGAAUCUCUACUCCAUUGUGGUUUGUGUCAAGGAGUCGCCAACACUCCUUACUUUUAGACUCGAGUUUAAAAAUCUUAUUAAUAAUUUUGUGUUACAUUAACCUCAGAAGUAGAUGAUCUCUUUUAUCCAGUGUUUAGUUUGGGUCAUUAUAGUUGCAUCUUGUCAGCCACGAGUAAAGGACGAUGUGUUUUUCCCCGUUUGUUCUCACAGGUUCAAAGACUAUGAACUUGUGUGUGGUCCAGUGUUUGUGGUGGUGUGAGUUGGUGACCCUUUAAGAUACUCCCAGCGCUGAAAAAUCCUGAGUGGUGAAGACUGUCAGUUGUGUCAUACUCAAGGUAUCAGUAUGGAACUCUCUGUGGCUCUGUGUGUGUGUCAACAAUACUCUGGUGUCUCAUAAAAGCCGUGGGAGUCGUGGGUUAAUUUUUAUGUUAAGUUUCAAAAUCUGUAGAGUAUAUUAAGCACAAUUAUUUACCCCGAGUUUUGACGGGUCUUGGCCGUUUAUCUUGAGGGUAAAUAACGACAUUAUUGUUACCGUGACAACAUGGAGAGCAGCUGUACGAGUCUUAUACUGAGAACUCUGCCCCCGAACCUGAAGGCAGUCGGGUCCAAGCUGAUCGAGGCGUCGAGAGCCACCGAGGAAGAGAGACGCCUCAAAGGUCGCAGUCAUAAAUAUCGUAAACACCACGAUGGCCUGCGGAACAACAACAAUGGUGAAGAGCAGGACGAGGAGCAGAUAGCCAAAAGGAAGAUGAAGGCAGAGAAGGCAGCCCAGCCCCUCGCUAUAGCAAGACUGGUGAUGGAACUGUGGUCGCCCCGGAUGCGUCGCCAUGCCGAGAAUGUGAUCUUGAAGAGAGCGGUCGAGGAACGGUACCUCAGAGAUGAUCACCUGAAGUGGGUCCAUGCAGUCGAGGAGGAGGAGUGCGGCGACUCGGGAUGGCUCGUAGAAGAUGUAGACGACCUCAUAGUGGAAUUAAUAUGGAACAAAUUCAACCUAGAGAAACACUUCCAGCAAGUGGCCGAACACCGAAAGUGGGUCCAGAGGAGUUACGACCGUCUCAAGGACUUCAUGCCGUCCCUCCCUCCGAAAAUCGUCGAACGUCACGAUUUAAGUAAGUUUGCCUUCAGUCAGGCUAUUGGCUACACCUUAAAGUGGACCCACAACACCCACCAUGACAUAUGGAGCAAGGCGUGUGACCUUCAUCUUCACAGUGAACCUCAUCACCCCAAGAUGUGGAGCACACAGUACACGCCCCAAGAGAAGCACCAGAAAAUGACUCGCUGGAUGAGGGACGUGUGCGAUUUCCACGACGGCCAUCCGUACGGGAUGGACGUCGUGAACCUCGACCUGGAGUCUGAGGAUUUUCCCAAACCUUUCCUGCUGGAGAGUUUUGUGGACAUGGUGGGAGUAGAGUGGGAGAGGAAGAAGGGAAAGAACCUGGACAUCAGCACGCGGGAGCUGGUCUACAUGGACGACAAGUUUCUGGCCCGAUACACCAGGAGGCAGCACUGGACUAUAAAGGACCUCAUGGACGAGAUCAUUGCCUCGGACGACACGCUCGACAAAGUCGUGCUGACGGAGAGAGAGAGAAUGCUGAUGACCACCGUACCUCGACUCAGGCGCUCCACCUUUGUGUUUCAGAUCGAAGUCCAGAAGAAAAUUGAAGAAAAACGGCUGAUCGGUUCAGCCUUAACGGCCAAGGGAGAGAAUGGGGCCGCCGACGUGUUAACUAAUAGGGCUCAUGACACGGCCUACCUCAUCAUGGUGAGUAGAGCGGUGACGGAGCUCUGGGGGCGACCCCUCAGACAACAGGCACAGAACGUCAUCCUCCAGCAAGCCAUAAAAGAUAAAUUUAUCACCCAAGAUCAACUCAAGUGGGUGUUAGUGUUUAAUAGUUUACCCGAAGAUGCCGAGAGUCAGUCCGAACGAGACCUGCCCGACGGGCCGACCAACGACGACUUUCUGCUUCGUUUACUGUGGGUCGACUUUAAUAUUAGGGAGCACUUCUCACAGGUACACUCUCACCGCCAGUGGGUGAGGCAGAGUUACCGCCGACUCUCUCGUUUUAUGCCAGAACUGUCGGAGGAGGUGAUAGAGCGCCACGACCUCUCCAAGUUUGGGCUGUUACAGUGCGUGGGAUACACCCUCAAGUGGGUGCACAACAUAAACCAUUCCAUUUGGCGCAAGUCCUGCGACCUCCACCUCAACCACGAGCCGCACCACACGCAGAUGUGGUCCAACAGACACGCCGUCGACUUUAAACAAUCUUGCUUAGACUCUUGGCUGUCCGCGAAGGACGGCGCGGAGGUCCUGGACCUAACCUCAGAGAACAUGGCCCGAGCGUUCCUGCAGGAGAGCCUCGUGGACAUGGUCGCUAUAGAGUGGCAGAAGAACAAGGAGGGUAAACCUGACCUGACUUACUCACAGCUCAUCUACAUGGAGGACAGAUACCUCUCUCAGUACUCACACCACGAUAAACUUUAUUUACAGAAUCUGAUGAGUGUUAUUAGUGAUGCUGAUCAGAAUAUAACUGUCAUCACCUGAAACACCUCUACAGUACAGUGUUAGGUGACAGUGACUCACAAUACUGUACUGUGCUGUAGUGUUUUGUACUCUGUAGUGGAAGUAUAAGAAUCACUCCCAGUAAAACCAAACCAACCCAAACCAAACCAACCUAUAACCUACCUAUAUAAUUACAUAAUAUAAACGAUCCACGAAUUAUCCAAAGUACAAUGUUGUAUUAUUAUAUUUAGUUAUUAAUUUAUAUAUUUUUCUAGAUCUAUAUUUAACUUACAGAAAAUAUAUUGUGAUAAGAGUUAUUUUUGGUUGAACUUGGUGAAAUCUACUCAUUUGUGUUCAUAUACUUGCACCAUCUAUGUAAAUUGUAUACCUGCUUCUAAAUAAAUAUCUCAUAAUUUA